AUGAUAUUUGCUCAGGUCAUUAACGUUCUGCUUUUGCUAUUACAGGUGGUUCAUUGCUUAGAUCUAUCCGAUAAGGGGUUUAAAGGGUUUCCAGAGAUUAAGAAUGUUGCUGGAAUUCAUGAAAUAGAGAACAAAAAGGACACGCCACCUUCGAUCACUACACAAAAAUGGUAUAUUAACAUGGUUGACACAUCCAGGGAUGACUUGCCCAAGGAUAUGGGUAAUAUUGAACAUUGUCCUCCAGGAUCACAAAUAUGCGGAUUAACAAUUGUCAAAGGCCCUGAGAUUCAGCAGAAGGAAGGUGCAGUGACUGAAAUAUUUUCGUUUUCCAACCAGUUAGUUCCUCAGUUCAAAAAGAAUCCAGAGGAGCACGAGAACACAGUGAAACUGAAUGGUGCAAACUGGGGAGAUUUAUCAAUAAAUGCGGUUCUACACUUAAUAUGUCCCGAACCCAAAGAGAAGGAAGCAUUAGAGUCCUCGUUUGACUACAAAAAUUUGGAUAUAACGUGGAAAAACAAUUACUUCUGUCCCGAUGCCAACCACGGUGAAAAGGAAGGAAAGGGUAAGGAUGAUCACGGAAAGGAUGAUGACAGAAAGAAAGGCAAAGAUAAAGAUGAAAGACAUCAUCACUGGGGAAUAUUCACAUGGAUAUUUAUUAUAGUUGCACUUACAUUUUCAGCUUACAUAGUUGGACAAAGUUGGAUGAACAUGAGGGGCUCUGGCAGCUUCAAUGAUUUCAUUGCAGAACUUCGGGAUUCUGCUGCUGACACGUUUGGUAAGGUUGGUGAGUUUGUCAAGCAGAUAGUGACAAGAAUUACUGGUGGUGGUGACAGGGGUGGAUACAGUGCAGUGUAA